UUUCUCUCUCCUCAGUAUGCCAUCCCCACCCACUUACAGCUGAUGCGAUCAGCGUACGUUACAAUCAUUGUUAAUAUUUUCUAAGAAAGAAACGACGGGGAAGGACCUGUUAUAUAUACAUAUAUAUAUAUAUGUCUAAAGAACAUAUCGUCCGAUGUAAUAUCGUUCUAUGGAUACCGAUUAAUACGAUUAAAAUAAUAAUAUAGUGUUAAUUGUAAUUGUAACAGUGAUUGUGACGUGGAAGUGAAAACUGUUUUUCUCAGGCUGUAUACCACAUAGAACACAAACGGGGAAUCGAGAACACAAACGGGAGAAGGAAAUUUCUUAUUGAAAUAAAAAUGACUGAGAGAUUGGAUUAACAUCCUGUAAGAGUACGCGGGCAUGGUAUAUUUGACGGGUCUUUGGGGUAUGGGAGAGACUGAAUCACAGUGCCAUAGCACCAGCGCUUCGCCAGUCUCUUCCUCGUUUCAGGACCAUGACGAAGAAGUUGCGUUGCAUCCUCUCAAGAAUCAGGUUGGUGGACAUACAAGGCUGCUGCUUCUCAACCAGAGUACAAUUUGUAAACCAUUGAACUGCAGAGAACUUGACUUCUAUCAAAACAUUCCACAAGAUAUACAAAUGUUUGUCCCAAAAUUCAAAGGUGUAAUGCAGGCCUCCAGUAGCGGUGAAGUUACAUUAGAUAAACGGUACAGUCCAAGUUUUAGAGAACAAGAUAAUAAUCGUCAAGGAAAGGGUUCGACCAAGAGGAAACGCGAUGAUGUACUCAGGAUGAGAAUACAUCGUAGAAACAGUACUAUCGAUAUAUUAAAACCAGAAAUGCAUUUGGACAGCGCAUCGAACAGACAGUAUUUCCUAUUAUUGGAGAAUAUUACUUCUCAAUAUAAACAUCCGUGUAUACUCGAUUUAAAAAUGGGGACCAGACAACAUGGCGACGAUGCAAGCGCAGAAAAGCGAAGCAAACAAAUAGCAAAAUGUGCUGCCAGUACGUCGGCUUCUUUGGGAGUACGAUUAUGUGGAAUGCAGGUAUAUCAAGUUGAUACGGAUCAUUAUAUAAAAAGAGACAAAUAUUGGGGCAGAGAAUUAAACGAGGAAGGUUUUAAAGCUGCCUUAUAUCGAUUCUUUCACAAUGGCUUUUGUUUACGAACAUUGGUUAUCGAAAGGGUGAUAUCUCGAUUAGAACUAUUGCGACGUGCUAUCGAAAGGCAAAGUAGCUAUCGGUUCUACUCGUGUUCGUUGCUUAUUGUGUACGAAGGAUAUCAAAUAGAGGAAUUCACAACGCACAGACAUACAACGUCCCUUAGAGUCGAGGAGGAAUCUAAUGACUUGAGUUUCAUGGAAAAUACACCAGGCGUUUCGGAUACGUGUUACGACGCUGAUACGAGCAAUAAUUCAACGGAUUAUAAUUUAUUGGCACACGAGGAAGUAAGCCAGGCAGCAUUGCACCGUGGUUUUGGUGAGGCUGCCGCGAGGGGUGCUAAAAAUACAACAGCAUUUUAUCCGGUUAACGAGGAAACCGUUUUUAUGGAUCCACCACCAAGUUUGAUCAAUACAGUUGUCCAAUCGUCGUCAUAUGACAAUUGGAUGUUGUAUAGUAGUAGCAGCGGUGAGGAUUAUUGUUUUGGUCAGCACAUAGCUGUAAAUUCGGAGGACACAAGUUCCGACAUUGAUAUUAGAAGUGAAUGCGCAUUGAAACGUAACAGGCAUAAACAUCGUUUGCGUUCUUACGACGACGUUGAACAGGAUCAAGACGAGUUAAAGCCAACCAGCAUCUCGAAAAGAUUCCGUGUUAAAACUGAACAAGCAACGACGGCCUCAGUGCAAGAUGCCAUGGUUGAUGUUAGAAUAAUAGACUUUGCACAUACCACCUUUGGACGGAGCAGUUUAGCUUUGGCAUGUAAUUCGAGCUCGAUGGUACACCAAGGUCCCGACUGUGGUUUUCUUACCGGUUUGGAUAGCCUAAAACGAUUGUUAAUGGAGAUAUUGACUGAAGGUUGAAUACCUUGUCACUUUUGAAAACGAUGAUGACUAUUAUCGUGACUAUAUAAACAAAUAAAUAAAUAAGAAUAUAUAUAUAUAUAUAUAUAUGUAUAUAUAUAUAUAUGUGUGUGUAUUAGAGAGAAUACGAAAUCUCUUUUAUCGAUAAUAGAAAAAAGAAAUAUAAUAAAAAAUAAAACAGGGAGAAGGGUAUAAAAAAUGCAAAAUAUGGUUGCAAUAUUUAUUUUUGGACUUUCGAAAAUGAAACCAGACACGAUGAUCGUCAUUUUUCGAAACGAUAGUUUAAUGGGGUGGGGGAGGGGAGUGGGUGGUAGGUGGAAUGGGGAUGCAUGAAAAAGAAUAUAAAAGAAAACUUACGUAAUAGUAAGGGCGCGUGAAAUCGAUCAACGACAAGGUAACAAAUUAAAUAAAAAAUAAAAGCAAAGUAAAGGAAAGAAAAGAAAAAAAAAAUAUAAAUAUAUAAAUAGAUAUUAAAAAGAAAAAAAAAUAGAUAAAUAAAUAAAUAAAUAAAUAAAUAAUAAAUAAAACAAAUAAAAGGAAAUAACCGAAGAUGAAGUUCUUCCUAUGAGAAGAGCGGCGUUAGAGUUCAAUUAGAGAGUAGAGCGUGUGUACAUAAUAUAAUUUCUAAAAAAAAAAGUUAAAAAAAUAAUAAUAACAAUAACAACAACAACAACAACAAUAAUAAUAAUAAUAAUAAUAAUAAUAAUAAUAAUAAUAAUAAUAAUAAUAAUAAUAAAAAUAAUAAUAAUAAAAAUAAUAAUAAUAAUAAAAGAUAAAAAGAAGCAGAAUUUCGAGAAUUUGUGUAUGUAUUUUGUAAGAAAUUAUAAUGCAAAAAUCGCGCGUUUUUUCUCUAUAUAAAAUAUAAAUUACUUUCAAGUAUUUUAUGUGUAUAUAUAUAUAUAUAUAUAUGCGUGCGUGUUUGUGUGUAUGUAUAUAUAUAUAUAGCUAUAUAUAUGCAUGCAUGUAUGUACGUAUGUAUGUAUGUAUAAAUAAUUAUAUACCAGAAGAGACGUAUGUAAAAAAAAAAAAAUAAUAGGUUUCAUGGUUACAAAUGUAGUGUAUAGUUGAUGAGAGAUGCUCCUGCCAAUUUACUUACACAACGUGACUGAAACAAUAUAUAUGUAUAUAUAUGCAUAUAUAUAUUAUAUAUAUAUACAUAUAUACACAUUGUAUAUCUUUUAGAUUUGUUUCAUUAGUAGAAAUUGAUUAACUAUAUGUUGUUCGUACAUACACGUAAGGUAGAAUAAUUUAAAAAAAAAAAAUUUUUUUUUUAUUACAUAUAUAUAUAUAUAUAUAUAUAUAUAUAUAUAUAUAUAUAUAUAUGUAUGUAUGUAUGUAUGUAUGUAUCUGUAUAGUAUAUUCUAUAUAGAUUUAUUAGAACUGAUUUCUAAAGUAUUUGAUUUGACGAUGACUUGGACAAAACGAGAUGGAACCAUUCUUGCUAACAUUUUAAUGAAAUAUGUAUGCGAGAUACAAACUUUGUUCAUUCCUAAUAUCUUCUUCAUUCGUUCUUUGCUUCUGCUUGAACGUAAACGUUUUCUAUACGAUUUAGCUUUAUUUUAUUUUUUUUUUGUUUUUCUCUCUCUUUUACACACAUAUUAUAGACAUUAAUAAUAUACAUAAAAAGAAGACAUUUAUUGUGUCAUUAUUCAUAGGACGAGUAAACCAGUGACUUCUUCUUUUUCCACGUGUUUGUUGUGUGUAUGAUGUGUAUAUAUACAUAUAUAUAUAUAUAUAUAUAUAUAUAUAUAUCAAUGUGUCUGUUUUGUGUCAGUAUGUCUGCUGCGUGUGCCCCAUCCAUCAAUAUAUAUAUAUAUAAGCAUAAUUUUUUCCUUUUAAAGACUACGAUUUUAUUGACUUAUAAUUUUUAUUAAUAUGUAUAUCUAUGUACACAUCACACUUUAUAAAUAUAUAGCAAAAAAAAAAAAGAAAGAAAGAAAUAACGAAUUACAUGUAAAAAUCAGUUCUUAUUAUGCAGUAUGUUAUCUAAAAAAUUACUCUUUUUCUCGCGAAAUUAUAUCAUGGAGUACAUUAUUUCAUUAUUAUUAUAUAUAUAUAUAUGUCGAUUAUCAUAAAUAAUAUACAGUAUUAUAAUAACAAAAAUUAUAUUCUUAAGACAAGAAUUUUAUCGACGAGAAAUAUUUCUUGUUUGUGUAUUACAGAAAAAGAGUAUGUGGACUUUCUAUUAGAAAAAGUGGAAAAAAAAAACAAAAUAAUAAUACAAAUUAAAUUAAAAUAAAAUAAAAUAAAAGAGAAAGCAUAUUUUACUGUACAACAUUCUAUGGACUGUAUUUCCGAUAUAUAUAUAUAUAUGUAUAUACACAUAUAUAUAUAUAUAUAUAUAUAUAUAUAUAUAUAUAUAUAUGUGUAUGUAUAUUAUAAUUUAAUUGCACAUGACAGAUCCAUUACACGCUGCUGUUUUGUAAAAAUAAUCCACCGCUAUCAUACUGAUAAUAUGACGUUAUUUACUGUUGAAAAUUAGUGCAUAAGUAAUGUAAAUAUUGUAAAAGUUCGUCAUUUAUAUAUAUAAAAUCGUUAUAACACAUUCUUCCUCCGAUUUUCACAUUCUAUAUAUGAAACACAUAUAUAUAUAUAUAUAUAUAUAUAUAUAUAUGUGUUUAGGAGCGAUUGAAAAAGAAAAAUAAUGGGGGCAAUAUGCAAAGCAAGAUAUUUUAUAGUAGAAAAGCAAUUUAUUUACCUGAUCAUAUAUAGGCUUAGCGACCUAAAUAAAUAAAAUUAAAAAAUUAAAAAUAUCAUAACAAUAAUACAGAAUAUAUUACAUGCUAAUAUACGCGACAAGGAUUAGAAAAAAAAAAAAAAUAAAUAAAUAAAUAAAUAAAAGAGUGAAAAAAAAAACGACAAAAAAAAAAGAAAAAAAAGUGUAUGUACAGAAGAGAAAUGUACGAUUCAAUAUGUAUGAAAAUUAAUUGUAUACAUUGUAUGUAUACAUUACCUUUUAAUGCUAGUAUUAACUAGCACGAAUUAUUACAAAUUCCUGUGUAUCAUGUGAGAAUUUAUAUCUUUUAAAUCGGUAUAUAUAAGAAAUUUUAGGAUUAGCAAUAUUCUGAUAUAAUGUACAUUAGAAUUUCAUGUCUCUUUGUCCAGAAAAUAAAUUAAUUUUAUGAUAUAUA